UCGUUCACAACGAGAUGUGACGCGAGGUGCCUGCCACAUUGGAGUUUGCGAUUGUUUACCUGUGAAUUUAUAGGAAGUUUAAUGAACUUCUUGUAGGAUUCCUGCGGGAUAACAUCGCACAUACCUUUCGCAGACGAACUCCUGCGUCGAAAGACCCCGUACAUGUUUUCGGAAUAGCGCAUCUUCUGCGAAUACCGGACAUGUAUUCUACAGGAUAAGCUAAGCAAAGUGCCAAAGCACCAUGAUCGACCCGGAGUAUCAGAAAAGGCUCUUGAGGCAGCACAACGGACAAUUCUGCAUCGGUUCAAACUCCCCGGAAGCAGGUUCCCCCGGUGAGAGCCCACGAAGUGGCGAUCGCUUCAUUCCCAGCCGAGCUGGUUCCAACUGGCAGGUGAACUUUGCUCGCAUUCAGGAGAACUCCAAGUGCCUCACUCCGAAAGCCAAAGACGGCAGUGCGGAUGGUAACAAGGACAGCAUUGCCUAUGCCUGCCUCGUCAAGAACGAAGUUCUCGGUGCAGGCAUCGAGGAUGUCAAGGAACAGACCGAAGAAAGACGACCGCUGCAGUGGUCUCCGCAACAGAAUCUCUUCCGGUACGGGGCCCAACGUCCGGCCUCAGAGUCGUGGUCACCAUACAGUCUAUCGCCGGUCAGUGGAAAGAGUCAAAAGCUGUUGAGCUCACCACGUAAACAGGCUCGCAAGAUCUCCAAGAUCCCCUUCAAGGUUCUCGAUGCGCCAGAGUUGCAGGAUGACUUUUAUCUCAACCUUGUAGACUGGUCGUCGACCAAUGUCCUGAGCGUUGGCCUGGGUGCCUGCGUUUACCUUUGGAGUGCGUGCACAUCACAGGUUACCCGGUUAUGCGACCUGUCGGGCGACGGGGAUUCUGUCACUUCGGUGGCGUGGGCGGAACGGGGGCAUCUAGUGGCAGUCGGCACGCAUAAGGGCCUUGUGCAGGUAUGGGACGUAGCAGCCGCCAAACAGACCGCAGUCCUGCAAGGACACUCCGCUCGCGUUGGCGCACUGGCCUGGAACGGCGACGUGCUCUCCUCGGGAUCCCGCGACCGGCUCGUCCUGCAACGGGACGCGCGGGCUCCGCCUGGUGGCUCGGAGCGCAGGUUGCAGGGCCACCGGCAAGAAGUGUGCGGGCUCAAAUGGUCCCCCGACAACCAGCACCUCGCGUCGGGUGGCAACGACAACAAGCUACUCGUCUGGAACUUGAGUAGCCUCACCCCUGUACAAAGCUACACCGAACACCUUGCAGCAGUCAAAGCCAUCGCGUGGUCACCUCAUCACCACGGACUGUUAGCCAGCGGAGGCGGAACUGCGGAUCGUUCGAUUCGUUUCUGGAACACGCUCACUGGGCAACCGAUGCAGUGUGUCGAUACGGGCUCUCAGGUAUGCAACCUGGCCUGGUCAAAACACGCCUCCGAACUGGUGAGUACCCACGGGUACUCGCAGAACCAGAUCCUGGUCUGGAAAUACCCUUCCCUGAGCCAAGUGGCCAAACUGACGGGCCACUCGUACAGGGUACUGUACCUGGCCAUGUCCCCGGAUGGAGAGAGCAUAGUCACGGGCGCGGGUGACGAAACCCUACGCUUCUGGAAUGUCUUCAGCAAGGCUCGAUCGCAAAAGGAAGCCAAGUCCGCUCUCAACUUAUUCACCAGCAUCAGAUGAGCCAAAGCAUUAAACCUUGUGUUUGUUUGUUUUCGUCGAUAAAUUAACGCACCUGCAUCGUAGAAGUAAAUGAUGUCAUCAUAUCGUAA